CCCUGUUUACGCGCGUUGGCUUGUGGGUAAGACAUGUCUGCUCCCUGUAGGUGAGAAUAUACUCACCUAAAUGUGAUAAUAUUGAGAUACCCAAAGGAUUUCUGGACUUUUAGCGGGGUUUGGUUUCAACAUCAGCUCUGAAGAUGUCGGAGAACACCCAGCAGGAGAGCGCGCCUGGAAACGGGCUCACCAGGGCUGCGAUUGGGGAAAUGUUGAUGAAGAAUUUCGAGAAACUGUCUGACAUUGAUCAGAAACUUUUCUCCUACGGACCCCUGUACCUGGGGGGAAACGCCGGACUCGCAGGGCUGAUCUCCAACAGCUUGUACCGCAGAGCUCUGAACGUGAAGCAGGCCCGGGUCUCCACCAUCCUGCCCAUGGCGGUGCUGCCCUUCCUGACCACAUGCGCCCUGUACAACGCCGUCGUGUCCAACCCGCUGCUGUCCGGAGACCUGAACUGUCCCACCUGCUGCGUGAUGCGAGGUGCGCUGGUCGGACUGGUGGGCGGCGGUCUGUACCCCAUCCUGCUGGCCCUGCCUCUGAACAUCGGCCUCGCAUCCAGGUACUCCACCGCCCCGCUGCCGGAGAAGGGAAACCUGCUGCGCUUCAGCGUGGACGUGUCCCGGCCGGUGCUGAGGAGGAUGAGGGCGGUGAUGCUGCUGCAGGCCUUCUUCGGCACCUACCUGGGCUCCAAGCACUUCGACAUUUACACCAAACUUGUCCGGAUCGCAAUUGGCCCAGGAGAGCAGUUAAAUGACUAAAAUGCACUGAACUGAUAUGUUUUUCUGCGUUGACGUAAAGCUGAUUCCCAGUUUCACAGUGAAAUCUGCCUGUGAAAACCUGUUUCCACGUGGAUAAAAUUAAAUGUUGGUUAUCUUUCUGA